UGGCCCGAACAAGGCAUUUUUGCUGCCCCACGGAGCUAGGUCAGCUCAACAGUCUUCUCUGCCUUUGUUCGGGGGCAAAAGGAACGGAUGCGAAGCUGGAGGGUCUUCCCUCUGAGUGACAGUGGGUUUCGGAGGCGGCUGAGAUGUCUGUAGAAGGGACCCCCACAAAUAUAUCUGCCUUGAUUCUGAACUUGGGUAGAGAAAGGCCCAAGUCCGGAUAGGGGAACUUUUUUUUGGCUCGUUGCUGUCUACCCCUGAUUUAAUGCCACUUCAUUUCCGCUGUCUGUGAGGGACCCUCUUAGGGGUUCUAAUUCGUUCUGUCGGGCCAGGUGCUUUUGGAGAGCUUUUUGGCAGCGGUGCCAAUGCUUGUGUCCCGUGUCCUUGGAAGGGAGGUCCCAGUGCUUUACAAUAGAUGGAAUUUGGUUUGACAUCUUUUAGUAGACUAUCAGAGGAGAAAAGGAUUUUAUUAUUAUUAUUAUUACUUCAAGACCCCCACUGCUUCCAGCCCAAACUGACGUUUGCGAAUUGCGGCUUUGAAAAUUGGAGUGUUGACUAGAGUGUGGAGAGUUGCUGAUUUCAUUCCUUUGGGUACUAGUAAAACCUUUUAAGUAUCAGCCGGGAGAGAGUGAGCUAUUGACAUUUGCAUCGGUUCUGUUUGGGCCUUUUGGGUACAUAAAAUGUCGGGUUCUCGGAAUCUUUGAUCGAAUUUAGAAUGUGUGCUACGUUUAUUUAACUCUUUUGCAAAUGCUUAAAAUGAAAACAUUUUGUGAAGUGCGAGGAUUCUAUCACAUGGAUUGUUCUCUUCAGGUUUUGAAUGUUUAAUUCAUAUCUUUAAACAUUAAAAUAGCAUUGGAGAGGCAUAAUUUCAAAGAUUAGGUGAGCUAUAGAAGGACGAUAUGCUUUUUAAAAAAAAUGAUUGAUGAAAUACUAUUACUAUUUGUCUUUGUUGUUGUUAAACGUUAACAUUUACUUUACCCUUCAUUAUCCUGGUAGUUGGCCCUGAGAAGAAAUGGGUAAUUCCUCCACUUUGAACACUUGCAGUACAUUAUUCCAGUUAGUUUUAAUGAUUUGGGUAUUGAAGAUAAUUGUCUAGUUUAAGACAGGCAUUUAACCUAAGUAGCACUUGAAAAUACAAUUUCUAAUGUUCUUGCUUCUCUUUUAUUUUGGAAAUCUGUGCUAUUAAUCAGCAUAUUGUUUCUGUUGGGAACUCCAUAAUCAAAAGGGUUUAUUACCCAGAGGUAGAUCCCCUCCCUCCAAGUUUAUUUUAUAAAUGUGUGUGUUAAUUUUCACUUUUAAAGACUAAAGCUGAAUUAGAUUAUUUCAGAAUCACCCGUAGUUCAGGCUGAGGAAGACUGAGGCUUUUUUCCUUCUUGUUCUGCCUAAUGUUUGUUUCACUUGUGAACAGUUUUUGUUGGUGAGAGUUUGUUAACGACAUAGAGAUAGUGGGAUUAAAAAUAAAGCAAUCUCUGUUCUCUUCAAAAUGUGUGUGUAGUAUUAAUAAAAGAGCACAAGAAAUCUAAAGAUAUUUAUCAGAUUUUUUAAAGUAAGCAAACUUCGAGUAGAAAGGGAAUAUUUUUUGACGAUUUUUAAUUAACACCUAUAUUUUGCGGCAUAUUAAUAUAUUUCGUUUCCCCUUUGCCUUUCCUACAUUGAAUUGAAAUCAUCAGUUUAAUUUUACAACUGUUUGUUUCAAAAUAACAAAUUCAAAAAGCUAGACACUAGAACUGACUUUUCAUUUACUAAGUAUAUUAUUUAGGUAAUUAGCAAAUGGCUAGAAGUCUUUUCACAUCUACAGAUUUUCUAAUGGAGUUUCAAUGUUAGGAUGCAAAUCUAACUUUGAAAUUCUUUUUAAGGUUCUAAACUUUUUAAGACUUUCCUCUGAGUCAAUAUUCAUUCUUCCCAGACUGCCUUUUAAGGCUACUGUGUUCUGUAGCCUAAGGAAAGCCGCCUUUCACCACCAUGCUCUCCCUAGUCUGACCAAAGCCCCACAGUUACAGGCUUAUCCUGAAAUUAACUUUUUGAGUAGUGAAAAUGUACCAAAUAUCCAGUUUAUCAUUGAAUCAUUUUGGAAAAGCCAUUGCUAACCUUGUUUAUCUUUUAGAUACAUUUGUAAAAUAGGGGAGAAACUGGUAUAUAAUGACAGAAAUUUUAUACAUAUAUAACAAAUAGUGUAACAUAGUAAGUGCAUAUUUAUGUGGAGAGAUGCAGGUCUCAGUCAUUUGCUGAUUUGGGCUUAAAAUUCCCAGUGUAAGCAUGCAAAUGAUAUUUAACUUGUGUUUUGUCUAGAAACUUCAUCAGUUGCCUCUGCGCUGGGAAACUAAGAACUCAGUUUCUGGUGACAGACACCUUUUCAGAAAAUCAGGGAGUUCCCAAACUCAAACCGCUUCAGAACCCCUGGAUGUAGAUGUUUGGAACAGAGGGCAAGAAAUUUAGACUCUAAAGUUGGUCCAAGAAGAUGGGCAGUUUUAAACCCUAGUUUUCUGUCCUGGAGGAAGCAGUCAUUAGUGUGAAAGAAUGGCAGGGACCGGCAAGGCGCGCGCUCCUUCUUUGCAAUCCUAUUGGGCUUCUUGCUGCUGUGAGCUCUCUUGAAGGGGCAAGGGCUUGGUUCUGCACAAGGUAAACCCCAGAAGAAGAGCAGCGGCUCUUCUAGAUCAGACUUAAACCGAUCUUAGCCUCAUUUUACAGCUGGGAAUGUAAUACCCCGCCCUGCCGUGUGUGGAGACCCUGCCACUCAGCCUUUCGGUCCCAGUUUGGGGCCAGGGUCUAUCCAGGGUCCUGAUCGCUACUGUGUGAGCCUGGAGGAGCCACUGCUUUUUCUCACUUGAAAAUUUGCGCGGUCUGAAGUUCGCCAACAGUUCUUCUCUCCCCUUCCCUGCAGACUUGGGGACAAGGGAGGGAGUUCAGAAAAAUCAGCACUAAAAGGGUACCACGUGAUACUGGAAGAUGCCCCCCCCCCCCCAGCUAAGGAGAAGUUUUUUAUGGGGCCCAAAGUCUGGAUUUCUGUCUCUCAGAAUGGGCCUCCCCUUCAGGGAACCAUUUCAGGGACCACUGGACAGGUGGGUGGUUCUGGGGCUGGUUCCCGCAGGACUACUCGAGUUUGCUUUUUGGUAGCCAUCGUGCUUUGCCCUGUUUCUUGCUCUUUAGCGGGAAGUAGCUAACAUCAACCCAGAACCAAAGGAAUUAAUACUGGGAAGAACGGGGUCCUUGCUAAGAGAAAAGGGAAGAUGUGAAUACUUAGCAGGCAGGUUUGCCUAGGUGAUGAAAGGAUAUAUUCGGGGGCUUUGAGGGCUCAGGCAUUGACAAGGCUUAUGUACUAGACUGGUCUGGGUUUCUUGAUCAUUACUUGAUCUACCCCUUUCUUUUCUAGGAAGCUUGUGCAACCAUGUACUCAGCUGUCUCUGGGGCUGAAUGAGGGACGCAAGACUCCCUACUUUGGGGAUUGAGGGAUAUUCAGUGGGAAUGGAGCCCACAGAUGGGACAGACACUCUUCUAAGGAUGGAGGCAGCAAUCCAUGCUUGAGAAAGCCAGGAGUAAGGCUCUGAGAUCUCGCGAGAGUGGCUGACUGGCUGUGGGGGUUGCGGCGGCAGCAGGCGGAGCCGGGGAGGGAAAGCAGCGGCGGCUGAGGCGACUGAGGCGGCGGGCGGAGCGGCAGGCGGCGGCGGCGGCGCGGCGGCGGAGCGCAGCAUCAUGGCGGACCGAGACAGCGGCAGCGAGCAGGGUGGUGCGGCGCUGGGCUCGGGCGGCUCCCUGGGGCACCCGGGCUCGGGCUCGGGCUCCGGCGGGGGCGGUGGUGGCGGCGGGGGCGGCGGCGGCAGUGGCGGCGGCGGCGGCGGGGCCCCGGGGGGGCUGCAGCACGAGACGCAGGAGCUGGCCUCCAAGCGGGUGGACAUCCAGAACAAGCGCUUCUACCUGGACGUGAAACAGAACGCCAAGGGCCGCUUCCUGAAGAUCGCUGAGGUGGGCGCGGGCGGCAACAAGAGCCGCCUCACUCUCUCCAUGUCAGUGGCCGUGGAGUUCCGCGACUACCUGGGCGACUUCAUCGAGCACUACGCGCAGCUGGGCCCCAGCCAGCCGCCCGACCUGGCCCAGGCGCAGGACGAGCCGCGCCGGGCGCUCAAGAGCGAGUUCCUGGUGCGCGAGAACCGCAAGUACUACAUGGAUCUCAAGGAGAACCAGCGCGGCCGCUUCCUGCGCAUCCGCCAGACGGUCAACCGGGGGCCCGGCCUGGGCUCCACGCAGGGCCAGACCAUUGCGCUGCCCGCACAGGGGCUCAUCGAGUUCCGCGACGCUCUGGCCAAGCUCAUCGAUGACUACGGAGUGGAGGAGGAGCCGGCCGAGCUGCCCGAGGGCACCUCCUUGACUGUGGACAACAAGCGCUUCUUCUUCGAUGUGGGCUCCAACAAGUACGGCGUGUUUAUGCGAGUGAGCGAGGUGAAGCCCACCUACCGCAACUCCAUCACCGUGCCCUACAAGGUGUGGGCCAAGUUCGGACACACCUUCUGCAAGUACUCGGAGGAGAUGAAGAAGAUUCAAGAGAAGCAGAGGGAGAAGCGAGCUGCCUGUGAGCAGCUCCACCAGCAGCAGCAGCAGCAGCAGGAGGAGACCGCCGCUGCCACCCUGUUGCUGCAGGGUGAGGAAGAAGGGGAAGAAGAUUGAUCAAACUGAAUGGAAAAAACCCACACACACAUGCAUACACACACACACACAGCCACACACAGAAAAUAUACUGUAAAGAAAGAGAGAAAAUAAAAAGUAAAAAAGUAAAAAAAAAAAAAAAAAAAAAAAAAAAGAAAUAA